GAAAGAGGAACACUGACACCAUGCCUGAUGUGUGCACCACGGCCCAAAGCCUUCAGAUGGAUCUAUUUAAAUGGAUCUUCGGACUUCUGACUGUCCUGGUAAUCUUUACAUGCCUGUAUUUGCCCUGCAGUAGAAAUCAUAAGAUGGGUACCCCAUAGAUUCUCUAUGAGACUCAGGUCUGGUGAGUUUGCUGGCCAGUCAAGCACACCAACACAUGGUCAUUUAACCAACUUUUGGUGAUUUUGGCAGCGGGGGGAAGGUGAAAAAAUCCUGUUGUAAAAUGAAAUCAGCAUCUUCAAAAAGCUGUUCAGCAGAAGGAAGCAUGAAGUGCUCCAUAAUUUCUUGGUAAACGGGUGAAGUGACUUUGGUUUUCAAAAAACACAAUGGACCAACACCAGCAGAUGACAUUGCACCCCAAAUCAUCAUAGACUGUGGAAACAGGUGCAAUGACUUUGGUUUUCAAAAAACAACAAUGUGCCAAUACCAGCAGAUGACAUUGCACACCAAAUCAUCACAGACGGUGGAAACUUAACACUGGAUUUCAAGCAACUUGGGUUAUGAACAUCUCCACCCUUCCUCUAGACUCUAAGACUUUGGUUCCCAAAUGAAAUACAAAACUUGCUCUCAUCUGAAAAGAGGACCUUGGACCACUGGGCAACAGUCCAGUUCUUCUUCUCUUUAGCCCAGAAGUGCAAUGACUGACAGAUUGAAAUUACUGAAUUGCAUGAAACUUCGUCAAAAGUUUUUCAACAUCAGUCCAGCUAAGAGUAUUGAUAUGACAAAUGUGACUGGGCCUCUCUCAGCAUUCAUGAGCUGUCCACAUGUGUCCAACAGAACCCAAAAGGAGCUAAACAGAUUAAGACUGCGUUUCUGUUGUAAUGCCACAGAUUUAUUAUACCUGACAAAGAAGAACACAGCUGUGAAUCAAAGCAUUCCCUAUGAGACCUCAAAAAGGGUGUACAAAGUGGGAGCUGCACUUCACAAAAUGCUGCCUGAGGACUUUCCAUGGAGUAGCCGUGGUCAUCUGGGCAGAUGUGCAGUGGUGGGCAAUGGGGGGAUUCUGAAGAACAGCAGUUGUGGAAGAGAGAUUGACAGUGCAGACUUCGUCAUCAGGUUGAACUUGGCUCCCAUUAAUGACAGUGAUGUUGGGGUAAAGACUGAUCUAGUGACCAUCAAUCCCAGUCAGCUCUCAGCAAAAAAUAUGGCUGUGAAUCCGGAUCCGCUGGUGCAGCGCGUGAGUGUGUAUGGAAAUGCGUCUCUGAUGAUUUCAGCCUUUUCAUACACAGACUGCACUGCAGUGUCAGUUAAAACCCUCCAGGUGCUCCAGCCGAUCAGACCUCAGCAGCCCGUGGUGUUCUUUAGUCCCUACUACCUCAAGACAUUAGACUGUUUCUGGAAGGGGCUUGGCCUGAAAGUAAAACGCCUCUCCACAGGUUUCAUGUUAGUUAAUGUGGCACUAGAGCUCUGUGAUGAUGUGCAUUUAUUUGGAUUCUGGCCAUUUGACAUCAAUCUAAAGAAGCAGACACUUCAGCACCAUUAUUAUGACAACAAACCGCCCAAACCAUUCGUGCACGCCAUGCCAGACGAGUUCGUCCACUUGUUACAGCUUCACAGCCAGGGGGCACUAACACUGCACCUACAGCCCUGCUUAUGACACACACACACACACAUACACACACAUACAUUUUGCAUUUUUUUUUGUUUACUUGCAAAGCGUUCUGGCCAGGUGUCUAAAGCAGGGCUGUCAAAUUAAUUUAAGGUUGAGGGCUGGAUCGGAGAAAGUGUCCCCUUGUGCGGGCCAAAUUAGAUUUUUGUUAAACUCUAGUUUGCUUACAAUUACAUAAAUAUUAAGGCGUGGCAGCUUGGACUUUGUACUGGGCUGCUCCAUGUUACACACUAUACUUUUUUUUAAUGCAUUACACACUAGUUGACAAACAUAUCAUGAGUAUAACAAUGAAAGCAGCCAUAUUUAUAAAAAAAAAAAAAAAAAAAAAAAACACACACAA